GAAGCAACUUGGAUCAUGAGGAAAGGGGAGACAGGGAGAGGAAGAAAGCAGGUGCUACAAGUGCACUGCUGUGGACAGCAAACCCCUCAGCGUUACCGACCCGGCCACAACCAGCCCAGCCAGCCGGUUAUUCCGAGCACCAGUCAGAACUGGGUGGGGUGGUCUGCGGGCCGGCGUGAUUGCUGUCGUCAGCGCCACUGCUGCGCUCCCAGCGCGCCGGGCACGGGAGGAGGAAAGCCUAAAACUAAGAGAGCAAAAAGGUUUCUUGAGAAGAGAGAACCCAAACUUAAGGAAAACACAAAAAAUGCUAUGCUAAUAAGAGGAGGAAAUGCAAACUUAACAGUGACUGAAGUGCUUAAAGACAUUUAUGCUGUGAAGAAGCCUUUUGCUGUACUGUAUAAAAAGAAAAAUAUUACCAGGCCUUUUGAGGAUCAAACAUCAUUGGAAUUUUUUUCCAAGAAAUCAGAUUGUUCUUUGUUUCUCUUUGGCUCUCAUAACAAGAAGCGACCAAACAACCUGAUAAUAGGUCGUAUGUUUGACUAUCAUGUCCUAGACAUGAUUGAGCUAGGCAUUGAGAAGUUUGUAUCCUUGAAAGAUGUCAAGAACAGUAAAUGUCCUGAAGGAACAAAACCUAUGUUGAUAUUUGCUGGUGAUAUGUUUGAUGUAAAUGAAGAAUACAGAAGACUGAAGAGCCUUUUUAUUGAUUUCUUCAGAGGUCCUAGCGUGCCCAGUGUUCGUCUGGCUGGUUUAGAGUACGUUCUGCAUUUCACAGCUGUAGAGGGGAAAAUUUACAUGCGAAGUUAUAAGGUGCUUCUGAAGAAAUCUGGCUGUAAAAUACCAAGAAUUGAACUGGAAGAGAUGGGACCUUCAUUAGAUCUAGUUAUGAGGAGGACACAUUUAGCUUCAGAUGACCUUUAUAAGCUGUCUUUAAAACAACCAAAAGCCUUAAAACCUAAGAAGAAAAAGAACAUCUCCCAUGAUGCGUUUGGUACAACUUAUGGUCGAAUCCACAUGCAGAAACAAGAUCUUGGUAAACUGCAAACACGGAAAAUGAAAGGGCUAAGGAAGAGGCCAGCGGAGAAGUCAGCUGAAGAUGGUGGGGUUAGUCCCAAAAAGUCAAAAUCGGCUUGAUAAGCUGGAACAGCUUUGAAAACUCUUUGUACCAUCAAAUUUAGUAUAUAUGUUGUAAUAUAAACACGUUGGACAUAAAUGAUUCAUCUGCAGUUUUAAUUUUAUAAAAACAAUCUUUUUAAUGAUUUGUCAUUGUAAAGAGAACAUGGGAGUUUUGAGCUUUAACAUGGAACUUGGUUAUUUAAAAUAAAAAAAGUGAUAUAACUUG